CAGAGCCAGGCCAGAUGCACAUGGAGAAUGACGUGGAUCCACGUCUUCCCAUGUUUUUUUAUUUCGUUUCUUUCACUUCGGGGUUGGGUCAUGGUCCUAUUCAAUAAUCCACUCAUUGGGUUGACAUAUAAAAAUGAAGAGAGAGAAAGAGAGAGGGUCCAACUUGGCGUUUAGGGGAAGGCAUAAGGAAGCUACGUUCCAGCACCACCCAACUCCAUCGUGGCUGCGCAUCAUCUUCCCAUUAAUUUUGCCUUAUCCCCUAUCCUGCUUUUGCCCUGCUGGCUCUACGUGUUUGGUGUCUGCAUUACAAUUCCAACCUUGAUGAUUUCAGUUUUUUUCCUUUUUCUUUCGUUCACAUUGAAGUCAGUCUAUGAAAAACGCACUUCCUUUUUUUUAAUUUUUUCCUACUCCUCAAUGCUGGCCAAAAAAGUAAAGUACAAACCAUUCUUGAAUUCGCCCGCCAUGGGCUGUUUGUAAAAGGCAUAUUUGCGGGAUAUUCCUCUUGAUUUUGAAACGUAUUUUUCUCGGAUUCGACUUCUAUUUGUGAAGCCCAUGCAGGUAGAAUUUCUCUAGAAGCGAUUUUGACUGAGACACGACGCACGACACACGACAAAGGACAAACGGACACAGGACACCCACCCAACGCCCUCUCCAUCAGCAGCUCAGAUCUUGACACGUGGACAAAAUAAUUUUCAGUGCCCUCCAAAAUUAACAGUAAUCGACAAUGGACCUGAAACCGCGGAGGGAAACGGGCGUUAAAAAUGACGGAAUAUGUCACGGGUGGUGGGGAGGGUGAGAAAUUGAGAAUAUCCGAAGGCAUAUGACUGGAGAGGGGUGGAGGAGGAGGAAUAUUCGGUGCGAAGAUCCCGUUCCGUGGGGUGGUGCCCCAUAAAUACCCCUCUGGCGAGCUCCAUAUCGUCGACAAAUAUCGGAAACAAGCGUUGUGUCCUUCCCCUCCGUGGAAAACCAAGCAUUCUCCUACAAUGGCUCUCAAGGCAGUUCACGUCUCCGACGUCCCCUGUCUCGAUCAGGUGCCGGAGAACGCCUCUCUUGGCCUCUACUCCACGCGCUUUUCAGCUGGCGUUGACGUAGGUCGGUCAUCGUUCAGAAUUCCAAAGUUUCUGGUGAUUGGGCACAGAGGGAGCGGCAUGAACAUGUUGCAAUCUUCAGAUAGGAGAAUGAAGGCCAUUAAAGAGAACUCCAUCCUCUCCUUCAACACUGCCGCCGAAUUCUCCGUCGAUUUCGUCGAGUUUGACGUUCAGGUGACGAAAGAUGACAUCCCUGUUAUUUUUCACGACAACUUCAUCUUCUCCGAAGAUAACGGUGUUGUGUACGAGAAGCGAGUAACAGAGUUGCUCCUCUCUGAUUUUCUUCGCUAUGGCCCCCAAAGAGAGCCUGGAAAGGUGGGAAAGUCAAUGUUGAGAAAGACCAAAGAUGGGAGAAUUGUGAACUGGAAUGUUGAAGCAGAUGACUGUUUGUGUACAUUGAAAGAAGCCUUUGAGAAGGUGGAGCCUUCUCUGGGCUUCAAUAUAGAGUUGAAGUUCGAUGACAACAUUGUCUAUGAGCAAGAGUAUCUCACCCAUGUUCUUCAAGCCAUGGUGGAGGUUGUGUUUCAGUACGCCAAAGACAGGCCAAUAAUCUUCUCCACUUUCCAGCCGGAUGCAGCUCAGCUUGUCAGAAAGUUGCAGAGCUCCUACCCUGUUUUCUUCCUGACUAAUGGAGGGACCGAGGUUUACUACGAUGUUAGAAGAAAUUCCUUAGAGGAGGCUGUAAAGCUAUGUUUGGAGGGUGGGUUGCAAGGGAUUGUCUCACAAGUUAAAGCAGUCUUUAGAAAUCCAGCGGCUGUAACUAAGAUCAAAGAGUCCAAACUUUCUCUCCUGACAUACGGUCAAUUGAAUAAUGUAGCAGAGGCGGUUUACAUGCAACAUUUGAUGGGUGUGGAGGGAGUGAUAGUUGAUUUGGUUAAAGAGAUAACGGAGGCAGUUUCAGAUUUGAUGAAGCCAUCCAAGGAGGGUGAUGAGGAGAGCUUGCCGGAGGGGGUAGGACAGAUGCAGGUGAAAUCAAAGCCUCAGUUCUCACAGCGGGAGCUCUCAUUUCUUCUUAAGCUCAUACCAGAGUUGAUACAUUCCUGAACUCCGAAACGAGCUUACUGUACACUACCAAUUUACAGGAUGAUUUAAGUUGCAAUUUUAUAACAAAAAAACUUUUGUGUCUCAGUCUGGGUCAUGCCCCGAAUGCAUAAUGUACAUAAAUUGGUCUUUUUUUGCAGUGAGGGUAUCUUAAUCUGUACUCUGUUCCUGUAUUAGUAAUUUGCAGUAAAAUCUUCAAUUUAUGUUUCAA